AUGGUCAAUAUCCUUGCUUCUGUCGGUGCUACCCUGACUGCCACCACGGCAGCCGACUUCGCCACGACCUUCCCCCGGGAAAUGGCCGACCUCAUCGAUCCCACCGCCGAUCUGUGCCAAGAUUUCUACCAGUACGCUGUGAUCGGGGCCAAGAACACGGACAUCGUCAAGGCGCUGAUCGCGACCAAAAAGCCUAAGGUGGCCGAGUUCUACAACGCGUGCAUGGACGUGGCCACCACCACGCCCAGGGGGCCGCCCCCCCACUCAAGACUUUACGGCCAUCUGCACCGCCACUCGAUCGAAGCCAUCCUCGGCAUCGCCGCCAAGUUGAGCAGCAAAGGCGUGGACGUGAUCGUCCAGCCGUACGUGAUGGCCAACCAGGGCGACGUCACGACCAACGCCCUGUACGCGUUCCAAGCAGACCUCCCAUUGGACCAGUCGUUUUUCGAGGACGCAGCCAAGUGGGCCACCAUCGAAGCGUCGUACCGCGAGUAUAUAUCGUCCCUGCUGACCCUUGCGGGUCAGUCGGCGACAGACGCCAAGGCGGUCGAGGACGUAAUCAUCACGUUCCAGAAGAAGUUUGCCAACGUGUUGCUGACCAAAGUCGAGCUCAUGGAGGCCGAAGUGACCAAGUACAACCCGCUAACGUACGCCGACGCGGCCAAAAAGUACCCGCUGACUGUGGGUCUGCAGCUCCAAGCGCAUGGGUUCAAUGUGUGCAAAGGGUGCUCCGCGGACAAGGUGGUGCUUUACGACCUCGAAUUCUUCGACCGCGCCCAGGUGUUGCUCAAGGCCAACCCUAUGGCCACGCUUAAGACAUUGGUCGAAUUCAUGCUGUUGCAUGUUAACUCGCCGCAGCUGUCGGCGGACUUCGUCAUGGCCAACCGGAAGCUGUUUGAGAAGAAGAUCAAGGGGGUGAUCACGCAGCCGUCGCGCGAACGAGUGUGUCGCACGCGUCCAUCGGGGUACUCCUGA